AUGGCUAAGAAACCGGACCCAAAUGAAAUAGUUUACGUCUACUUGCGACAACUGGGAGGAGAAGUAGCGCCCUCAUCCGUACUCGCCCCAAAGCUCGGUCCGUUGGGAAUGUCGCCAAAGAAGGUUGGAGACGACAUAGCCAAAGAGACUGCAAGCUGGAAGGGAAUUAAAGUAACGGUGAAGCUUACGAUACAGAACAGACAGGCGAAGGUGGAAAUCAAACCAAGCGCUACAGCGUUACUGAUCAGAGAGCUCAAAGAACCGCUAAGAGAUCGCAAGAAGGUUAAGAACAUCAAGCACAAUGGAAACUUAACAUGGGAUCAAGUGAUGGGAGUCGCAAGAACGAUGAGGCCAACCUCGAUGGCGAAGUCAAUGAGGGGGACCGUAAAGGAGAUCCUGGGCACAUGUAACGCCAUUGGAUGCACAGUUGACAACCAGAAGCCCAGAGACCUGCAAGCAAAGAUCGACAACGGGGAGCUGGAGGUGCCAAACGAAUAA